AUGGCCCUUCCGAGCCCGACCUUCCUCUUCGGAGUGCUUGUCCUGCUCUAUCUCUCGUCCUUUGUCUUGUUUGCCGUUAUUCGAAUCCUCACCGGUGUAUCCAUCCAACGAAUCGGAUACCUAUCUCUACGGCGACUAGCAUAUACCCCCCGAGAUGGAUGCAGGGUGGAGAUUCGGGGACUGGGCAUCAACAUACACCGUCCGACUUUUGCCCAGCCAACAUGGGUCAGUCUUGUGCUUGGCGAAUUGGUGGUCACCUUGGACAUGGGCGAGCUCGGUGCGCAAAAGCCUUCAGCCGCCAAGGAAGACGGUGACGAUAAAGGCCCGGGAGCCAGAGCCUCGCCCCAAGAAUCCGUCUCGCCCCGUGGGAUGCCAUCGCCACGUCAAACUCCUCGCACGCAGUACCGAAGCGAAACCUGGGAGAAGCUGUCCAAGCUUAAAGAGAGGAUAAAGAAGCUCCAUACGAGUAUUCGAUGGCUCAGGAUGAUCGAUGUCGUCGCCACCAACUCGACUGUGAACGUGGUGGGCAUCGGUAGCAUUCAAGUCGGCAACUUCACCGUCGCAGUUGACACAAGACAAAAGCUGGUCGACCAUGCUCGACUCUUCAAAUCCCACUCGGGGAAAAAGCAGCAGCGGCAAGCCGAGUGGAUCAUUUCUCUGCGCAGCGUCCUGUUCACCGCCAAGGGCCACGAUUCCCUCGAAGUUCUAGACCAUUGUCUGGUCAACGUUCACGGAUUUCUGUCCGAGUCGAGACGGGGGCUUCAAGACGCGACCAUUUCUCUAAAGCUGGGACGGGUUCACGUGCCGUAUGACGACAUGCAUCUCUGCGCCAUGCGGUAUAAACAACGCCAAAGGGAAACCCUGGUGUCGGUCACGGACGACGAGCCGGUGGAUAUUGUACUCGCAAGAGUACCCGAGGAAGCCGAAGAGAAUGGUGCCGAUGCCGAAACCCUGACGGAGACCGUUACAGACUCUGGGGAAUUUGUUGCUUCUAUCCUCCGCGGCAUCAAGGAGGUUCAGUUUGCUGUCAGCUAUCUCGGCAUGACCAAGAAGGUCACGUCUGUAAAUCCCGACGGAUCCCCCAUGCUGCUGAAUGCAUCCAUGAAGGAAAUCGGUGUCGAUUUACACCGACUAGAUUCCAGGUCGGCCGCUCACCGCAUGUACUUCUCGUCAAAGGACAUUGCCCAUGAAGCUCUUGCGGCAGCACUCUCCAUUUCGGUCGGCAUUGACGAUGGACGCGGCAGCCCUGACCGGCUUUUGUACAUACCCAUGGCCACCACCACCGUCAGGACGACGCUGCCUUCGAAAACCAUCCAGUUGGCUCAGGGCGGAGCCAUCGGAGAAAAGAACGCCAACAUCAUGUUCGCCAACUCAGUCAUCACCUCCCUUUCUAUAGACCUCGACCCUACGCACCUUCCGCUCCUGAUUGCUAUGAUGCAGCCCAAGCCCGAACCCCCGAUGGCCUCCCGCGAGGGCAACCGCAGCGUCCUUUCUCGGCUUCUCCCCAAAGCCAACAUCAAGUUCUCCAUGCAUGAGCCAGUAGUUCGUAUGAAGCUCAAGCCGCUGCAAGAUGCGGAAGAUCCUGAUGACUUUGACCUCAUCAUCUCAUCAAUUUCGUCCAUAUCGUUAGACGUGGAGUCUUCUCACUCCUCCGUGGAGGACACCCACUACUUUUUGGACGGCGCCAUGAGGCUUCAGUCGCAUCACCUUUACUAUCAAACCUGCGCUGGGGAACGGUUCAACCUCAUCACCACGGAGUCUUGUGAUCUGAAGGCACAUCUGGCCGCUAGGCCAGACGUCAAUGUCGAACUGACCGGCAAUAUUCAAUCCUUUGGAGUCAGCAUGGUGCGACCGGAAAUCACGGACGGGCUCCGCCAGAUUGUCCGACAACUCAGGAUAGACGUGGAACCAGAGAAGCGAGGCAGGUCCAAGACUGCCAGAAGCACCAACUUCUUGCGAUCCAUGCCCGAAUGGCUCGUUAGGUAUCAGCUUGAAGCCACGGAUUUUAACAUGGAGGUCGCCGGCAUAGAUGAAGAUAUCUCAGGCGACACCAGAGGAGUAUGCGUGCAUCUAGACUCUUUCGCAGCAGAGUAUCAGGCUCAUCGUCUGGACGGCUUGCAGAGACGGCAAGGCAGGCGGCGAACUCACAGCAGGUCCAUCACACAGUCCGACUCGGACCUGACACCGCCCCCCGCCUCCCCACGAUUCAAGAGGAAGCCACAGAUCAGCGGGGACGGACGUCGACUCGCGCUGCACGCAAAAGGGAUCGAAGCGCAUAUUGUGGAUGCUGCAGACCACGUCGAAGUUGAGCCGUUCGUCAGCAUCCCACGCCUUGAACUGGCCGUUUCAGCGUCGAGCGACAGCCACGGACCAAUGUUUCAUAUCCAGUCAACCAUCAAGACCAUCAUGCUUCAGUACUCACUAUACCGGCACUACGCAGUAGGGGUUGCCGUCCUCACUUUGCGGAAGGCUUUCGUGCGCACGAAUCGAGACGUCGUCCCGCGCCCUCGGCAGCAAGGAUCCUACGACAAGGACCAUCUCCGCCUUCCGGACAGCCCUGGGCUCCCUGAUACGGAUGGCAGCUCUACAAUGCCCUCCGAGCUGAUCACCGUUGAUGUCAAGGCCUCACUGGUGCAGAUCAAAGCAGAAAUGCCUCAUGAGCCUCUGAUGAUGCUGCGAGUUUACGGGUUGGAGACUGGACGUCUCCGAUGGUCCAAUCCGUACUUUGCUUCCAAGGUCAUUCGGCUCUACGUUGAAACGCCCCGAAUGCGCAAUAUCUGGUCCAGGAUGGUUGGAAUCAAGAACGGCCGCGUCGACCUGCGAGAGGCGAAACAUAAAUCCCCUCAAGGUGGGUACGUGACAGAAAAGAUGAUUGAUGUGGCUACCGAGGCGAUGCGCAUUGCUGUUCCACACGAGGUCAUCGUGGCGAGGAUAACCGACAACUUUAUCAACGUGAUCAAGUCGGUGCAGCAGUUGCAUCACCGAUUCAAAACCGGCACAAACGAGUAUAUCCUAGAGAAGAAACCAGAGGGACCCAAGCAUGUUCCAAAGAUCUCUGUCCGCUCUCGCAACUUUUUGUUCGAGCUGGAAGACGGCGCGUUUGAAUGGAAACUCGGCAUAAUUUACCGUUCAGGUCGGGAGGAGCAGGCGCAACGGCUUGCCCGCGAGGAAGCCUUCCGUAUCAAGGCAAAAAAGGUUCGCGACGAGGAGUCGCGAAGAGGCGGGGGCACGGUUCGAGCCAGAUCAUCACUCCCCAGGGGCCGCGGAGAGAACCAGCCGUCACGGUGGUUCCGGAGCAGGAGCGCCGACGCAUACAAGGCUGAUGACUCUGGGCAUAAGAUUCAGGGCGGCACAAUGCCGAGAUAUGACCCAGAGCGAGAGCAUGUCGGCAUACAUGGGCACGCCAGAGUCACCGAAACCGAGGCUCGGGCCGCCCUGGAUAAGUUCAACGCGCAGUCGUGGAAGAAACGGGUUGAUCGAGCGUAUAAGACGUCGCGAACCACCAUGUGGGAAUCGCGGCACAUGUUCUGGGGCUCGAAUCACCUACCAGACGAUGUUGAGGAGACUGAAAACAUUCUGGAAGUGCCUCAACGGCCCGCUCUCAUGUCGGCCAUGAUAUCGGACCUGCAGGUCAUGAUCGACAAGCCAACCUUUGCCAUGAAGGAUCUGCCCGACUUUAUACACAAGGUGGGCAAAGGUAUGCCAAGGGAUACGCAAUACGGCCUUCUCGUUCCCGUGCACGUCGCCAUUCAGAUGGGAGAAGCCCGCAUGACUCUGCGAGACUACCCCUUGCCUCUGCUGCACAUACCGAGGCUCAAAACGGGACAGUCCUCCAGGAUACAAGCUGUUUCCUUGAGGGCAAACUUUGUCCUUGCCGAGGAGUUUAGGGGCCACGAGUCGACUCGAAAAGUUCGCGUCAGCGUUGUGCCGCCUCGCAACAGCGACCCCACGUCGUCAAACGAGGGCGGCUUUGCGAUCGAAGUGCGGCGCACCAUUGGUCCGGUCAAGUCGUUUUCAGAAGUCUGGAUGGACAUCAACACGGCCCUGCCGACACGCAUCACCUGGGGUCCCUGCUAUCAGCCGGCCGUUCAAGAUAUGAUGAUGGUCGUCGAGUCGUUCACGAAACCGCAGGUGGAUCCAUCUGACCGUGUCGGCUUCUGGGACAAGCUGCGUCUCAACACCCACUCCCGUGUUCACAUAGCCUGGAAGGGAGACGGUGAUAUGCUUUUGGCGCUCAAAGGCACCCGCGAUCCGUACCAGGUGACGGGCAACGGUGCCGGAUUUCUCAUGUGCUGGCGCAACGACGUCAGAUGGGACAUCAACGCCGAGGACGACCCCAAGCGAUUCAUGACCGUGGACAGUGGCGAGUACGUUCUUGCCAUUCCUGACUACAGCCACGAGGUCCGCAUGUCUGCUCGCCGCCGCGAGCUCAAUGACGGUCACUCGGCGGAGGGCUCCUUGAAAAACGGCGCCCACUUCAAGAAGGUGGUUAUGAAACUGUCAGGAAAAGUCCAGUGGAUGGCAGGGCUGUCCUUUGAACGCGCCAUUGAGAAUGGAGAGAGGAGCUUCUCCUUCAAGCCUCACUACGACGUCGUGCUCAAGAACCCCAUCUACGCCAAACCUACCGAGGACGGCCUGCCCUACGACGCCAUGAGAGGUUUCAGAAGCCGGCAUAUCCAUCUCUCCAUUGCGGUCCGUGCCCCGGUGGAUCGCGACUGGAUGUCGGAAAGUCCGGAGCCCUCGAGAAGCUACAACACGGUCCACCUGACGCCCCGAUUCUUCACCCAUUUCUUCCAGUGGUGGGGCCUCUUCGGCCAGCCGACGUCGCUUCCCAUUCGACAAGGCAACCUGUGGCCAGGACGCGAGAAGAACAGCAAGAAGUUUGGCAGGCACCUCGCCACAGUCAAGUACAGCUUGCUCCUCGCUCCCUUGUUCCUCAGCCACAUCUACAAACACAAGGAUGCCGAGGACUAUGCCGAGAAUGCAGUUUCCGCCACCGGCCUGAAGGUGCGCUUUGACAGCUUCAUGCUGGACCUGCACCAGCGACGUGAGGAGUUCAACACCCUUGCCAAGGGAAAGACCACGCAGAGCCGGACUUCUGGCAUCAAGAUCCAUGCCUGCCAACUCGAUCUCGCCAAUGCCGACGUGCGGGCUGUUUCGGCCAGCCUAAAGGGCACCACGACCGAAGCAAUCAAGAAGGGGUCCAUAACCUCGCUCAUCACCGAGCAAGAUGACAAGCCGGACCUCUCGCGCUUCACCAUCCCCGACGACGAUUUUAGCUGGAUCGACAUGGAUGACUUUGUUGAGCUUGACUGGAUCCUGCCGACGGAGCCGCACCCGGACACUAAGAUACUGCCCCUGGCCUUUGCGCCUCGCCUGACGUACUUUCGGCAAACCGACAUUGGGGGCGUGAUCGCAGGCGAUCCGACGAGAACCAGCCCGUUUGGCAACGAACCGACGCACUUUUGCACCAUGGGAGACGACGACCCCAAGCGGGUUCAGAGCCGACUCAUCCAAGAACGGCUGGAUCAGCUGGCGUCGCAAAUGGAGACGCACUCGCGGAGCGUUGGUGAAGCAGAGCUAAAAGUCAUCCAGACCAACUCGAAGGAUCCCGAAGCAGUGGAAAACCUUGACGCGCUGAAGAAGCACACCAACGUCCUCAAGGACAAGGAGUUGUUUCUGAAGACCAUGCUGGACCAGAUGCAGAGCAAAUCGUCGCGAACCACGAGCAGUCAGGGCAGGAGACCAUCGGAGCCCUCUUUAUCCAGUUCUGACGAGCACGUCGAGAUGCCUCCAACCUCGGAAUUUGAAAGCGAGUUCAAAAACCGGUUCGUCAUUCACAACCUGCAGCUCAAAUGGAACAACCUGCUCCGAAACAUUGUUCUCCGGUACAUCCAUCAAAACAGCCAAAGGCGCGGGUUUGUCUACUAUCUCUCCAGACCGGCUGUCAAGUUCAUCAUGGACAUUGUUGAGGAGCAGGCCAAAGCGAAAAGCAGCAAAAAGGCCGCCAAGGGCAACAACGCAUCGUCCUCCACGGCCGCCACCGGUAGCGCUUCGUCGCCCAACCCCAGCGUGCGAGGAAAGGACAGCGCGACGGACCUAGAGGACCGUAUUAAGAGCAUCCUCGGAGACGGGAACCGCUUCACCAACACGAGCUUCGACGCCAACGGCGACGUGACCUGCGGAUCAAUCGAGGACUUGGCCGCCGGCAUCUCGAAGGAGUUUAGCCCCCAGAGCAGCUACCACGUGCGGCUGAUUGCUCCUCAGAUACAGCUCCAGAGCGAGAAGAACAAGAAACAUGUCGUCAUGGUCACGGCCAAGGGCAUGGAGCUCAAGGUGCUGGAGAUCAUGGACAAGGAAAGAAUCUCUGAUACUGUCAGCGGCCUUGUGCAGCGUCGCUUCCUGGUCAACAUGGACAGCACGCAGUUUUUCGUGACGCACCAAAAGUGGUUCCUGACCAGCCUAGUCUCCAUGUACGCCGGAAGCAAGUACGGAGCUCCCAACGGUUCCUCAUGGCCUCCGUGGGUUCCCAUGGAAGUCAUGUUCAACUUCCAGACCGAUCCGUUUGGCUUCAAGCGCGUCGUUCAAAAGACGUCGGCCAUGCUCCGUUACGACAAGUACAACAACUUGCGCCUGAAGUACAACGACGAGGUGGGAGGCGACGGCGACGAUGAAGGUGACGGUGACGGUGACGGUGACGGUGACGGUGACGGUGACGGCGACGGUGACGACAAUGCUGACUCGGCCGAGAAUGCUGAAUGCAGGUCGGACAACUUGUGGGUCGAGUUUCCUCAAGCACGAGCUCUCUGCAACAGUUCGCAGUACUAUGCCAUGUACGUCAUUGUUUUGGAUCUCCUGAUGUACAGCGAGCCUUUGGAAAAGACUCGCAGCGAGCGGCUGGAAAAGAUUAUACUUGCGUCCGACUUUAGCGAUCUCAGCGGCACGCCGCGAAUGGUCCAGAAGCUCCAGGAGCGGAUCAGGCAACUGGAGGAGAUCAAGGGCCACUUCCAGGUGUACUCGCAGUACCUCGACACCAAGGGCUGGGAAGACCGCUUGGCUCUGGAACGGGAUUUGGCCGCCUGCGAAGAUGAGCUGUUCUUCAUGAUGAAGGCCAUCACCACGUCGCAGCGCAAGUACGAAACCGAGAGCGACACGAGCGCGCUGCUGAAGUGGAGCAUCUCGGCUCGGGACAUUGUCUGGCACCUGAUCCAGGACAGCUCCGAGCCCCUUGUGGAGCUGCAGCUCAAGGACGUCGAGUACGAUCGCACCGACAACUCGGACGGCUCUCACAUGAACCUGAUUCGCGUCGGCAAAGUCUUGGGACUCAACCUCUUGCCCGAUGCGACCUAUCCGGCCAUUAUCGCUCCCUACCAAGACGCGGAGAAGAGCAACGGCUCGCCAGACGAGGAGCUGGACAUGAUUCGCGUUUACUGGCACAUGUUGGAAGCCAUUGCGGGCAUCCCCGUCAUGGAUCGCUUCGAGGUCAAUCUUGUUCCCAUCAAGGUCCAGCUGGAACGUGAAGCCGGCAAGCGCCUUUUCGAGUACAUCUUCCCGGGCAUGGACAGGGACAAGGGGGCCAAGGACGAUUCUCGAGAGGUCGCCGCUAGGCGCCGCUUGUCGAGCCCGGAGGAUGACGGGGACGAAGAAGAAGAAGAAGGAGAAGAGGACGAGGACGAGGACGAAGAAGGGUCUGUGAAUACUUGGACAAGCCGGCCCGGGUCGUCGGCCCGCGACAAAGACAACCCUUCCGGGCUUAGCACCACCAUGCCAGGAUCGCUGGAACAGCGUCUGCGUCCGACCCUGACUUCCAACGUCGGCCACGAUCGCAGCCCGACGAAGAAGGCUCUCAGCGUCAACGUUGGGGGGGAGAGCGGCCACUCGUUUAGGCUCUUCCGCUCGGGCAACACGGGAAAGACGUUCCUGAAGAAGGCUUCGCAUGAAUCGCUGCGAAGCGCCGUCACCUCGCGGCCGGGCGGAAUCGCGCGCUCAUCAACCGGCUUCUCGUCCAGGGACAGCAAGGACAAGGACGCUGCGGAACCCUCCUCCAAGAAGUCUUCCCGGUGGCGAGGCGGCAGGUCCCGCGCGGGCGGCAAGAACAAGCAGCAGUCGGACGACCUGACGAAAAUGAUUGACCGAGCCAGCAGCUACAUGACGUUUGCGCACAUCAGGAUGCCGUCGGUGGUGCUCUGCCUAAGCUACAAGGGCCGGGACCAGCGCAACUUUGAGGACGUGCACGAUUUCGUGUUUAGGCUCCCGACGAUUGAGUGGCAGAACAAGACGUGGUCCAACCUGGACCUGGCGCUGGCGCUCAAGAAGGCCGUGGUCAAGGCCCUGAUCUCGCACACGGGCGCCAUCAUCGGCAACAAGUUCUCCAAGCACCGGCCCAACGCCGAGCAGCGCAGCAAGCUGCGCGAGAUGGCCAACAGCUCCGUCCUCAUCACGCCGUCGAGCUCGUCGCAGCACAUGUACGCCGGCAGCAUCAUCAACGACAGCGGCGACGACUCGUCGAGCUUGUGCGAGACGUCGCCGGUCGACUACUCGCGCUCGCCGCCGCCGUCGACGCGCGGAAGCACGCGCAGCAGCAUCCCGGCGCCCCAGGCGGCGGGCAGCCGCAGCAGCAGCAUCGCCAGCGGCCGGUCGUACCGGACCGGGGGCUCGUCGCUCAACGGCCACGGCGCGCCCGCCUUCCUGGCCAUGACGACGCCCCCCUCGCCGGUGCAGAGCCGGAGCGAAGAGGCCGGGCCGGGCCACGACGCGCUGCGGCCUAGCUCGAGCGCGGGCAGCUUGGCCAGCUACGGCAUGUACAACCGCCGCGCGCUGCGAAACGUCGGCAUGGGCCAAGGGGACGCCCGGCGGCCGGCCAGCAGCAGCGCCGGGGCCGGGGCCGGGGCCGGGGCCGGGGCCGGCGGUCCCGAGCUUGGCCUCGAUCGGCGGAGGACGGGCGGCGGAGGCCUACGGGACAGGCUCAGCGUCUUUGCGGGCCGCAAACGCGAGAGCAGCGGCUUGCAGGGCGACGAGCCGGACGCGGCCGCAGCCGAGGACACCGAGAGCAUCAAAGACGGAGCGGCCAUAGCCCGCGGCAAGCUGCUGAGCUGGACCCAGGGACGCACCAAGACUGGCUGA